AUGGUUGAAGAUAAGAAGACACUAUUGGAUGCCUCUGGUGCUGUUAAACCUGAGGAUGAUGCGACAGCUACCGCUAUUUUGAGGAGAAAGAAGAAAGACAACUGUUUAAUGGUUGACGAUGCUAUUAAUGAUGAUAACUCCGUCAUCGCCAUCAAUUCAAACACUAUGGACUUGUUGCAGUUGUUUCGUGGUGACACAGUCUUAGUCAAAGGUAAGAAGAGAAAGGACACAGUCUUGAUCGUUCUUAUCGAUGAUGAGCUCGAGAACGGUGUUUGUAGGAUUAACCGUGUGGUGCGUAAUAAUUUACGUGUCAGGCUAGGCGACUUGGUAACGAUCCAUCCUUGCCCGGACAUCAAAUAUGCCUCUAGAAUUUCUGUGCUACCAAUUGCUGACACUGUUGAGGGCUUGACAGGUAGUUUGUUCGAUGUUUAUUUGAAGCCCUACUUCGUGGAAGCUUAUAGGCCUGUUAGAAAAGGUGACCAUUUUGUCGUAAGAGGUGGUAUGAGACAGGUAGAAUUUAAGGUUGUUGAUGUUGAGCCCGAGGAAUAUGCUGUCGUUGCUCAAGAUACCAUUAUUCACUCCGAAGGUGAGCCAAUUAACAGAGAAGAUGAAGAAAACAACAUAAAUGAAGUUGGUUACGAUGACAUUGGUGGCUGCCGCAAGCAGAUGGCACAAAUUAGAGAAUUGGUUGAAUUACCUCUAAGACACCCUCAACUGUUUAAAGCAAUUGGUAUUAAGCCACCAAAAGGUAUUUUAAUGUACGGUCCACCUGGUACUGGUAAGACUUUGAUGGCAAGAGCCGUUGCUAACGAAACUGGUGCAUUUUUCUUCUUGAUCAAUGGUCCUGAGGUGAUGUCUAAGAUGGCUGGUGAAUCUGAAUCCAACUUAAGAAAAGCUUUUGAAGAGGCUGAAAAGAACGCGCCAGCAAUUAUCUUUAUUGAUGAAAUUGAUUCCAUUGCACCAAAGCGUGACAAGACUAAUGGUGAAGUGGAGAGAAGAGUCGUUUCCCAGCUAUUGACCCUAAUGGACGGUAUGAAGGCCAGAUCUAAUGUGGUUGUCAUUGCGGCCACUAACAGACCAAACUCCAUUGACCCAGCUUUAAGAAGAUUUGGUAGAUUUGACCGUGAGGUUGACAUAGGUAUUCCUGAUGCCACUGGUAGACUAGAAGUUCUUCGCAUUCACACCAAGAAUAUGAAGUUGGCAGAUGACGUUGAUUUGGAAGCUCUCGCUGCAGAAACACAUGGUUAUGUUGGUGCUGACAUUGCAUCCUUGUGUUCCGAGGCUGCCAUGCAACAGAUUCGUGAGAAGAUGGAUAUGAUAGAUCUAGAUGAAGACGAAAUAGAUGCCGAGGUACUAGAUUCCCUAGGUGUUACUAUGGAUAACUUCAGAUUUGCUCUAGGUAACUCUAAUCCAUCUGCCUUGCGUGAAACAGUUGUUGAAAGUGUUAACGUCACCUGGGAUGACAUUGGUGGUCUGGACGAAAUCAAGGAAGAACUUAAGGAAACCGUCGAAUAUCCUGUCUUACAUCCCGAUCAAUACACCAAGUUUGGAUUGGCACCUUCCAAGGGUGUUCUAUUCUAUGGUCCUCCAGGUACUGGUAAGACCUUGCUGGCAAAGGCAGUCGCAACUGAAGUAUCAGCCAAUUUCAUUUCAGUAAAGGGUCCAGAAUUGUUGAGUAUGUGGUAUGGUGAAUCUGAAUCCAACAUUCGUGACAUUUUUGAUAAAGCCAGAGCUGCUGCUCCAACUGUUGUCUUUUUGGAUGAAUUAGACUCUAUUGCCAAAGCGAGAGGCGGUUCUUUGGGCGACGCUGGUGGAGCCUCCGACAGGGUUGUCAACCAGCUGUUGACUGAAAUGGAUGGUAUGAAUGCAAAGAAAAAUGUUUUUGUUAUUGGUGCAACCAACAGACCAGAUCAAAUUGACCCUGCUAUCUUGAGACCAGGUAGAUUGGAUCAAUUGAUUUAUGUUCCAUUGCCAGAUGAAUUGGCUAGAUUGUCUAUUCUAAAGGCCCAAUUAAGAAAAACUCCACUCGAACCAGGUCUGGAGCUUACAUCAAUCGCCAAGGCCACACAAGGGUUCUCUGGUGCUGAUUUGUCCUAUAUCGUCCAGAGAGCAGCCAAGUUUGCUAUCAAAGAUUCUAUUGAGGCUCAAAGACGCGCAGAAGCUGAACGUCAAGCUAAGGUGAAGACUGAAGAUGUCGAAAUGGGUGAUAGCGAUCAAAACGCGGCAGCUGAAGAGGAAAUUGAAGAUGCCGUGCCAUACAUUACGAAAGAACAUUUUGCCGAGGCUAUGAAAACGGCUAAGCGUUCUGUUUCUGAUGCCGAACUUCGUCGUUACGAGGCCUACUCUCAACAAAUGAAGGCUUCCAGAGGUCAGUUCAGUAACUUCAGCUUUGGUGAUGCUCCUACUGGUGAGGCCGCCACAAAUGCUGCCGAGGGUUCAGGUGCAGCAUUUGGAGAAGCUGCAGAUGAAGAUGAUGACUUGUACAGCUGA